GUGGUGGAGCUAAUAAAUGAAAAGGAAAGUAAAAUGAAAGGAAACAAGAUUUUCGGUGCAGAUACGGAAACCCGAACAGGUGGCGGGAUUUCUGCGCACAUACAAACAAACCAUCAAACACGUCAACAUCUCUCCCAUUUUUGCGGCGAUCCCUCUCUCUCUCUCUCUCUCUCUCUCUCUCUCCAACGAGCGCGCGCGCGCGCUUCACAAUCCUAUCUAUGGUUGGGCUUGCAGAUCGUCGCUGGGGCAACUUCAUUCUCUUCUCUUUCGACGUUGAUUAGCCGGAGUAGAUUUCUUCGGACAUACUUAUUAUUAUUAUUAUGCAUUGAGGAGUUAGCCGGUUAGAAAGAUCGAGGUCCGUUUGAUUGCAAUGGAGAAGGAGAAAGAGAAGGAGAAGGAAAAGGAGAAGGAAAAGGAAAAGGAAAAGGAAAAGGAAAAGAAGAAGUUCCCGAUCGGAGCAGAGCAUUACACUCUGUACGAGGAGGUGGGGACGGGAGUCAGCGCUUCGGUUCAUCGUGCACUCUGUAUUCCACUCAAUGAGGUCAUUGCUAUCAAGAUUCUCGAUUUUGAACGCAAUAAUAGCGAUCUGAGUAAUAUUUCACGGGAAGCACAAACGAUGGUUCUUAUUGACCACCCCAAUGUUCUUAAGUCACAUUGCUCUUUUGUUAGUGACCACAAUUUAUGGGUUAUAAUGCCUUACAUGGCUGGAGGUUCUUGCCUACACAUUUUGAAGGCUGCUCAUCCAGAUGGUUUUGAGGAGGUUGUGAUUGCGACUAUUUUACGUGAGGUGUUGAAGGGAUUGGACUAUCUUCACCAGCAUGGCCACAUUCAUAGGGAUGUCAAAGCAGGUAAUGUUCUGAUUGAUUCACGUGGUGGAAUCAAGUUGGGAGAUUUUGGAGUUUCUGCGUACUUGUUUGAUUGUGGCGAUAGGCAGCGUAUGAGGAAUACAUUUGUGGGUACUCCUUGCUGGAUGGCACCGGAGGUUAUGGAGCAACUGCAUGGUUAUGACUUCAAAGCAGAUAUUUGGUCAUUUGGAAUAACUGCUUUAGAGCUUGCACAUGGUCACGCGCCUUUCUCAAAGUAUCCUCCAAUGAAGGUAUUGCUUAUGACGUUGCAAAAUGCACCUCCUGGACUUGAUUAUGAGAGCGAUAAGAAAUUUUCAAAGUCCUUUAAGCAGAUGAUUGCUAGCUGUUUGGUGAAAGAUCCUGCAAAAAGGCCUUCCUCCAGAAAGUUGCUAAAGCAUUCUUUUUUCAAACAAGCUCGAUCAAAUGAUUAUAUUUCUAGAACCCUUCUGGAAGGGCUGCCAGCUCUUGGUGAUCGUCUCAAGGAAAUUAAGAGAAAGGAGGAAGAUAUGCUUGCCCAAAAGAAGAUGCCUGAUGGACAGAAAGAGGAAUUGUCACAGAAUGAAUAUAAACGUGGGAUUAGUAGUUGGAACUUCGACCUUGAUGAUUUGAAGGCUCAAGCAUCUAUGAUUCAGGAUGAUGAUCCUCCUUCAGAAAAGGAUGAAGACAUGCAGACCAAACAACUUUCAGGCCAGGCAUCUUUGUCCAAAAGUAGAGUACUUCAACACCAAUGUUCUUUUAAAAGUCACUCUUCUGAUGCUUCUGAUGAUUGUGCUCCAGCAUAUGCCUCUUCACUAGAUUGCGUCACUAACAUUGUUCCUGGAUCAACUGUGGAUCGGCCAAGGACAAAUAUAUCAGUUGGUGAUGAGAACCAGGCAGAAAGUAGUUUAGCAAAAAAACCUGUGUCAGAAGUGAGCAAAAUAUCUUUAGAAGGAGUUCCCACCACUUUGAAUCAUAGCGAAAAAGGGCAAAAUCAUUCACGUAAUCGGUCACAUGAUGGGCCUAUCAAUCUCCAGAUGUCAGAUCAUACACUAUUUGAGUCGAUACCUAAGCUUUCAAAAACAUCAGCUAAUGGUGAUGAAGUUGAUGAUAAAGCAAAGAAUCCAAUUAUUCAGCAAAAAGGACGAUUCAAAGUUACAUCAGGAAAUUUUGAGAUAGAAAAGAUGGUUUCACUUACAACUCCAAUUAUACAUAAAAGCCACAGCAUGCAGGUUAUUACUUCUGCUCCAAUUACUUCGCCAGGGCCUUGUGAUGCUAGUCCAUCAAAUCUUAGUGGGACUGCGCUUCUUCCCACUUUACAGUCCAUCUUACAUGCGAACAUUCAGCAAAGGGAUUCUAUUCUUAAUCUGAUGAAGCAGCUAGCCACAGGUGACCUGUCAGCCACAGUAUGUACAUCAAUGGGCACAGCAAUUUCAGACAAGUCCACGUUAGAAGUAGCACACGACAAGGAAAAGGAACUACUUCGUGAAAUAACUGAUUUGCAGUGGAGGCUUGCGUGUGCGCAGGAAGAGCUUCAAAAGUAUAAGGCAGAGAAUGCUCGGUCGCACUGAUCAUAAUGUAAUUCCUAGCUGUGCUGUGUUGACGAUGUGGAUCGAGUAACAUGUCCAAACAGUUGGAGGGUAAUGAUUUUUUUGUACAGAAAUGCAAGAAAGAGAGACUCUAGUCUAAAUAGGGGGUGAAGUAACUAUACAACUCUAGUCAGUACAGAUUAUAUAUGUAUAGCUAGCUAGCUAGCUCUGUUAAACCAUUCCAAAUACGUACUAACUCUAGGUUUUAACUACACGUGCUACUUUACAAUAGUAAGUAUAUUAUCUACCAUUGGAGAUUGUAACAUUUAUUUGGAUAUUAAUAAAGGGUAGAUUG